UAGCAAACGCCUACUGUAAGUGAACACCCCCGCCCAUGUGAAUUAUGCUUGCUUUGAUUGUGUAACAGUAAAACAAACUCUUUCUCCUUGGUUUACUUUUAAUAUGCCAAUGCAUAUUUUCUGUUUUGCAACUCUCUAACAAGAAAUGGCAUCUAAAUCAUUGUACUCGCAAAGAGAUCCUGUUCUGAAGAAGAGAGAUGACUUUGAAGACGUUUUAGAAGAACGGAGGAAUUCAAGUGAUAUAAGAUAUGCAUUCAAGUGCUACGCCCCCGUGCUGUACAAGAGCCUCAACCCAUGUAAACCCAGUAUGCUAAAGACCAUUGUCCUGCAGUCAGAUCCUCUCCAAUAUGUCAUUAAUCAGGUGUCAGCAGACUCAGGCGAGUCUGUGGAGCUGGUUCAGGAGGAGGCGGCAGCCAUCUUGGAAGAGAUGGCCCACCGGCAGCAGCUCAGCACUGUCCGAUUCUUUGCAUUCGCCCUCAGCAAGGCCUUCAAGAGCCUGUUCCGCAGUGUCUGUGUCAACGAGGAGGGCAUUCAGAGGCUUCAGCAGGCUAUACACGAACAUCCGGUGGUGCUCCUGCCCAGUCACCGCUCCUACAUGGACUUCCUCAUGAUGUCCUACAUCUUGUACACCUAUGACCUCACGCUGCCCGUCAUCGCUGCAGGAAUGGAUUUUAUGAGCAUGAAGUUUAUUGGGGAAAUGCUACGCAUGUCAGGGGCCUUCUUUAUCCGGAGAUCCUUUGGUGGAGACAAGCUUUACUGGGCUGUGUUCUCUGAAUAUGUCAAGACAAUGCUCAGGAAUGGUUACGCUCCAAUUGAGUUCUUCUUAGAAGGCACAAGAAGCCGCACAUCAAAAUCACUAACACCAAAGACAGGCCUGUUGAACAUCGUGAUGGAGCCCUUCUUCAAAGGCGAGGUGUUUGACGUCAGCCUGGUGCCCGUCAGCAUCAGCUACGAGCGGGUGCUGGAGGAGACGCUGUAUGCCCGCGAGCUGCUCGGCGUGCCCAAGCCCAAGGAAUCCACCUCGGGUCUUUUGAAAGCGAGGAAGAUCUUAAGUGAAGACUAUGGUAGCAUGCAUGUGUAUUUUGGACAACCAGUGUCAGUUCGCAGUCUGGCCCAAGGCCGCGUUAAUCGCUCGGAAUACAACCUUGUGCCAAGACAUAUUCCUAAGAAGCCGGCCAAUGGGAUCCAGGGCUUUGUGAACGACGCUGCGUAUCAGCUGGUGCGCCUGCAGGAGGAGAACAUGGUGCUAAAGCCCUGGGUUCUGAUCGCCACGCUCCUCAUGCAGAACCUAGAGUCGGGGAUGGAACUCUCCCAGCUCGUGGAGCAGACUGUUUGGCUGAGGGAUUUAGCGCGAUCCUUUGGAGCCUUUCUCGACUGGCCAGAGCACAGUUCGGCCAGUAAGGUGGUGUCGUCCAGCCUGUCCCUGCACCGUAACCUGGUGACCGUGAGCGGGGGACAGGUGCGCCUCCUGGUGGCUCAGCCGGGGAGCGCGGGCGUGGAGAGCCCGGAGGCGGCGCUGUUUGAGCUGGCGGUCAGCGCGCUCUCCUGCGCCUCCUACAGGAACCAGGUGCUGCACGUCUUCCUGCGGCCGGCGCUCUUCGCCGUGGCCAUGCAGGCCGCCGCCUCGUCCAGGAAAGAAGAGAUCUACAACUGCUUCUGCUUCCUGCGGAACAUGUUCUCCAACGAGUUCAUCCUUUGUCCCGGGGAGGCCGUUCAGGACUUUGAUGAGGCAUGCUACUUGCUAAUGAAGUGCGGGGCGGUGCAGAUGCUUCAACAGGGCAUCGUGACCACAGAAACAGGCCAAGCCACGCUGCCCUUCCUCUGUGCCAUACUAGAGCCUUUCCUGCAGGCAUACCAGGUGGUGUGCCGAUACCUCUGUGAAGAAGCCACUGACAACCUCACUGAGAAACAGUUCAUCCCCGCUGUUAGGAGUUUUGCUGUGAAACUCCACUUGGCAGGCAGCCUGCGAUGCUACGAAGCGCUGUCCUCUGACCUGCAGAAGAAUGCCCUGGCCGCUCUACUCAGACUCAACGCCGUCAAGAAGGUCAAAACGUCUGAUCAGGUCAUACUCAAAGUGAACAAGCUUGCAGUGAACUCUUUGGAAGACACUUUAGGGGGUAAGAUUCCGACCCAGAAGCCUGUCCUCGCCCGACUGUGAGCCCUUGGCUCUUCCCAGCCCUCCGAAGUUAGAGAUUCCGGAGAGCAAACGAGCUGGCUCCAUGCCUUCAUUAGCAUAAAGCCAAAUUUUCCAGGACUGCGCCAUUUUUUUUCUCUCCAAACUACAAAGACUGUUUGUCAUCUACUCUUGUGUGUGUGUGUGUGUAUGUAUGUAUAUGUGUGUGUGUAUGUAUAUGUAUGUGUGUAUGUAUAUGUGUGUGUGUGUGUGUGUGUGUGUGUGUGUGUGUGUGCGUGCGUGCGCGUUGUUGUUUGGUACAAAGAGACUUCACAGGAAUUCUCGUCAUCAGGGAUGCUCUUUUUGUCGAUGACAAAAAACUGCCUGUGUUCUCAUUUCUCUUUGACAAUUAAUGUACAGGAGAGUUGGCUCUGCCUGUACACGUAUGCUUGCCAGCUAACGCAUAUCUCUAACCGUUUCCUUUAACGUGCUGGUGUGCUGCCAAAUGCAUGGAGACAUGUUCAGAGGCAAAGCAGGUUGGCAUGAACACAAGGGACAGACCUGUUUUUACUUUUUUCAGAAAAAGGGGACUUUUUUUUUUGUUUUUGCACACUGUAUUUAUUUGUUUGCAUGACGUUUUGAAACCUAUUUCCCGCUAGCAUUAAUGGAUAGAGAUCAUGGCCUUUCUUUUGAAAAAAAACGAAACAAUAAUAAUAAUAGCGUCACUUGAAGUCUAUUUUCAAUACUUCAAUACUAAUUACAUGAAUAUUGAAGAAUUCUUGUAAUCAGAAAGAAAUCAUGUGUAACAUGAAAUCAAGCCAAACAGCAAUCAUGCCAAUGUAUGACCUGUGGACUACUUCAGUGUGUUUACAUUCGCCUCACUGUCAUCUUGUGACAACGUGUGUCUGUGUUUAUAGAGAUCUAUUUUGAAUGCUUUUAUGGUAGCAUUUUACACGAUGCAAAGACUGUGGUGCCCAUAGUUCUACCUGUGUGUAUUCUGAUUUGAGCAUACAUGUCAGCUGUUCACCGCUAAGCUAUUUCUGAAAUUGUACAUGAAAUGUUCCGGAACAUUAGGAGUUCUUUGAUGACAAAGUGGAAACAACGUGUUGGCGUUAGCUUCCUUUGGGUCUUUGCUUUGAAUACUAGUUGGCCUAUUUUUUAUGUAAAUGAAGAUGACGAUUUCUGUUACUUUUGUAAACUACUGUUUACUAAUACUGAGGUCAAAUGGAGAUGUCCCGUAGCACGGUUUCGAGGGUUUGGAAAGCACUCUGCUGCGAGUGCUUGUGCCAAAGUGAAGGGUCCACAGUAACACCCCUGCCCACUUGAAGGUCCAUUACUAACGAAGAACAAAUACUUAACCUUUCCAAAUAGUUUGCCCUGUGUCAAUUUCUAGGACAACACUAUGUGUGUGUGUGUGUGUGUGUGCGUGUGUGCGUGUGUGCGUCUGUGCGCGUGUGUGCGUGUGUGCGUGUGUGCGUGCGUGUGUGUAUGUGUGUGUGUGUGUGCGUGUAUGUGUGUGUGUGAGAGAGAGAGAGAGCCUGAAUGUGUGUGUGUAAGUAAUGUGCUGUGUUGUUGGGUCACUAUUUUGUUACUAUUACUUGCUAGCGUUAAUUACGUUUCUGUGGUCUGUUUAAAGAGCUGGUGAGACUCAUGAGGCUGUAAACGAACAGACAUUAAAGCUUUACACAAUACAA